AUUGUGUUUCCAUUUCACCCUCUUCGUUUCGUUACUGCAAAAACCGAUAUCGCAGGAAGCUCAGCAAAGUGACUGCAUUCAAUAUCAGCAAAGUGACUCCAAAUUUUUUUGUUAGUUUGAAUAAAUAGACAUGCCAGAGACUGUGGUAAAUCCAACUAUCAGCAAGUCAACUGGAUUGCCUCGAAAGCGCUUCUAUCGAGCACGAGCACACAGCAAUCCACUGAGUGACUCUCACUUCCCUGUGCCAAUAUCCCCCUGUCACGUUGACUAUUCCCUCCAUUACCCUCAGUUCUUUCCACCGUCUGGUCAAGCAGAUACUUCCAGAAAGAUCCAGUUUGCUGAUAUUGGCUGUGGUUUUGGAGGUCUGCUUAUCAGUCUUUCCACUCUGUUCCCAGAAACACUGAUGAUUGGAAUGGAACUUAGAGAUAAAGUGAGUGAAUAUGUCAAGGAACGGAUUUCAUCUUUAAGGGUUGCAAAUCCAGGUCAAUACCAAAAUGUUUCCGUGGUGCGGACUAACUCCAUGAAGUACAUCCCCAAUUACUUUGAGAAAGGACAACUAUCAAAGAUGUUUUUCUUGUUUCCUGAUCCUCAUUUUAAAGAGAAGAAUCAUCGCCGUCGGGUUAUUAGUCCAUUCUUGCUAGAUGAGUAUGCUUAUGUUCUUGAGGUUGGUGGAAUUAUAUACACAAUAACAGACGUAGAAGAACUUGGGGACUGGAUGAAGUCUUGUAUGGAGAAUCACCCUAUGUUCGAAGCCUUGACUGAUAUAGAACUUGAAGCCGAUCCAGUUGUGAAGCUAUUAUGUUCUGCAACUGAAGAAGGCCAAAAGGUUGCUAGAAAUGGGGGACAAACUUUCCAGGCUGUAUACAGACGCAUUGUGCCAUCUGAUCAAACAUCCUAGACUUCGUCUGCUUAAUAUAAUGUGGUGCAAAUCACAAUACAUGGUUGCUAUUUGCUAGGCAUUGGAUUGAUCUCGCUACUUUUUUGGUGGACAGUAAGCUUUACAAAGAUUAUAUGGUCUUUGCCAUCUUUUAUUUCCUUUAUAUGUGCUUAUUUUCGUGUUGAACUAAACCAUUUCGAUAUUGAAAGCAAAAUGUAUCAUGGAGAGUGUAGUUCCCGAUUCAACCAGUUCGAUUUGUCGUCACU